CUGACUAGAAAAGCUAGAUUUAAGAGACAAGGGCUCGAAAGACUCACACAGUCGAAUCAGAACCAACCAAUCAUGCGUGAUAGUCCGAAUCUUCAUUGCAGUGAGCAACAUUGGUUCAUGGAAGAGCAAACCAAAGAACAAAGUGACCCAGAAUCGUCAUCGUUUCUGCACUACCGAUUCAUGAAACAGGAGAAGCUUCAAGAGGAAGAAGAUGAGCUUGAGCUUCAAACCCUCUUGUCCAGAGAAGAGCAAGCACAUUCCGAGCACCUAUUUCGCAGUUACCGAGAUCAUCUUCAAGAGCACUCGGCUCUCGAUGGGGCUUGUCGAGAGGGGAUAAAGUGGACUUAUUGAGUGUGUUGACGCUACGCUUUUUCUUUCUUCACGGAGAUCCUGUCGGUCGACUAAUACGACCGGUUUCUUGCGAGCAUUCGGGUUGUAGAGAUGAAGCCAUGGAUGGUGCGGUUGGUGGCUGUUGCUUGUCUCUCUUUGGCUGCCAAAGUUAAUGAGAUCAAUGUUCCAACUCUUUCAGCUCUUCAAGUUGAGGGACCAAGCUAUAUGUUUGAGCCUAAGACGGUCCAAAGAAUGGAACUUUUAGUGCUCUCUACGCUCGAGUGGAGGAUGAACCCGGUCACUCCAUUUUCCUUCCUAGAUCACAUCAUUGGAAGGCUUCACUUUCGCAUCAGCUCACAAAUGGGUCAAUUCUUGACCUUGUUCGAGCUAUCCCUUCUCGUUCUCAUCUCCAAUUCGAGGUUUCUCCGUUACCAGCCUUCGGUGAUCGCAGCAGUGGUGACUUGCUGUUCGAUGGAGAAGAUGCGAUACAAGGACAAUCAGAUUGGUUGCUGCCGGAAUGCUCUUCGUGAUAGUCUCAAGUGGAGUGAGGCCAGGCCGAUGUUUGAGGAGUGUUAUGAAUUAGUAGGUGAAUUGAAAUUUAAAAGUGCCUGUGCGAUAGAGGCAUAGAAUUACAAAUCGUGUACAACAUAGAUGUCAAAAUAGGGUUUAAAAGUCAUUUGAAUCGAGUCCUCGAUAGGGGGCAAGCGUCUAUUAAAACGGGCUUGGGCGGAUGGCCAAAGCACUACAAAGCGCUCUAGCUUCUGGGCAUUUUCCAGGCACCAGAACCUGGCCGGCAGCCCGGUCACUUCUUUGUCAGGCGCCGACCUGGUGGCCAGGUUCGUCCAAGCACUAGGCGGGCCAUCAUUUUGCAUAUUCAGUCAUCCACCAUUGUGUCUUUAUGUUCUGUCAAACAUUCUGAUUGUUCCAAUGAUCGCAAACUUGUGUUGAUUCCAAAUCGAAUGGAAACUUCGAGUCAUAAUCAAUGGAAAGUUAUUGAAAUUUGAGCAAUAUUAGAGUUUGACACCA